AUGUCAAGUUUUAAUAAUGAUAACGAUAGUAACAGCAACAUAAUUGUAAAUAAUAAUGAGAAAUCAAAUUUAUAUAGUAAAGAUCUAAUAAGAAAAUUAGAUUUCUAUGAUUAUAAUUCUUUGAUCAAUCUAAUUGAACUCUAUGAUCUAUAUUAUCGAUCAAAAGAUAAUGAAAAUCUUAGAAUUAAAAUACUAAAGUUCUUUGUUACCUAUCAUCGGUUAAAGUUUGUACAUUAUAUAGAUAUUAAAGGUUAUAUCAAAUGGGUGGUAGAAAUAUUCUAUGAUGAAUCUAAAGAGAUCUAUGGCUAUCUCUAUCAAAGUGAAAUGCCAGUUAUAACAUACUCAGAUUCAAUCGAUGAGAAAUGGAUGCAAUUGAUAUACACUAUCAAUUCAUUCUAUCCUCAAAUUCUAUAUGAUAUCAAACAUGAAAUCAUAAAUGACAAGAGAUUUAAAUCUUGGUUUACUCAUUUAAAUGAAACAGAUAAAGAUCAAUUAAAAAGUAGAUUGCAUUUAGAAUAUAUUGGACAUAAUGAAUCUAUUUAUAGAAAUACAUUAUAUAUGUUAGGUUAUAAAGAUAGACCUAUUAAAUUUGACUAUGAAUAUUUAGUUGAUUAUGUUUAUAAUAAUAAUAAUAAUAAUAAUAAUAAUAAUAGUAAUAAUAAUAAUAAAGUUAUCAAAUCAACUAUAAAUCAAAUAACUAUUAUAUCAGAUUUAGUUGUUGAAAAGAUAAUAAGUGAUACAUUAUCAAUUGUAGAUUGUAAAUAUCUGUUUAAUAAGGAAGACACUGGCGCUAUGAAGAUUUUAAGUAAUCGACAUAUAUUAGAUUUGGCAGUGGUUUCGAAACAAUUCUUUAGAGUCAUAUCAAAGAUCAUCAAUAACUAUAGUUUCUAUUGGAAUAGUUAUAUAAAUAUCAACCGUGACGAAUUCAAUUUAAUAAGUGCACCACCUCUGUACUUUGAUUAUGAAUCGAUCAAUGAAUACCGUGGUUUAAACUCGAACUACAGUCACCUACUGCGACAUAUCAUUAUGAACACACCCAACGGCAAUGGACAUGGAAUAGAAAAUCUUUCACUCUCGCUUGCUAACGAGAGAGAAUAUGGUUUGGUUUAUCAUGAAUUCUUCACUCCUUUAUUACAAUAUCACUCAGAUACAUUGAAAUCAGUUCGUAUCGAUAUAAUACAUUUCAAUAUAUAUGAUGAAAGAUUAAUGGCAAGGCUGGAUAAACUCUCUCAUACUUUUGAAAACAAAGGAAUUAAUUUUAGAGUGUUUACAAUGUUAAAUUAA